GGUGCGCUCAUCCGCACGCUCCCCUUCCGCCCGCCUUGUUUCCUUCCCUCUCCGUGCCCCCAGCACCGCGCCUCCGCCUAACCACCCCUCUCAAAAAUCGGCGACUUCCUCCGCGCACGAUGACCCCUCCGACCCGCCUCCUCUUCCUCUCCAUCCUCCUCAUGGCGUCGCUACGAUGCGGCGGCGGCAGCGGCGAGGGGUUCUGCUCGGUGGGGCCGUCGAGCGAGUGCUCCGGGGGGCAGCCGCUCUACUGGAAGGUCACCCACCCCACCCUCGCGCCAGCACACCUCCAAGAUUUACCUGGCCUCACACGUAGUGUUUACAAGAGGGAUCAUGCUUUAAUAACACCGGAAAGCCACGUAUUCAGUCCUUUGCCUGAUUGGAUUGACACAUUAGGAGCAUAUUUAAUCAGCCCAGCUAUCGGCUCCCACUUCACUAUGUACUUGGCAAACAUGCAAGAUGGAUCAAAAUCAGCCCUGCCACCGAAAGAUGUUGAAAGGCUUGUUUUUGUACUGCAAGGGAGCAUUUCAUUGUCUGUGGGGAGUGGAACUACCCAUUCUCUGUUGGUUGACUCUUAUGCCUAUCUUCCUGCAAACAUGAAGCAUUCUAUGAUCUCAGAUGAAUUGACCACUCUUGUAAUAUUUGAGAGGAGGUACAGCACUAUUGAGGAUUACCAUCCUGAUCUGAUUGUUGGUUCGACGGAUAAGCAACCCCUUCUUGAAACCCCUGGAGAGGUAUUUCAACUGAGGAAGCUGCUGCCAACUUCUCUGCCUUAUGACUUCAAUAUUCAUAUAAUGGAUUUUCAGCCUGGCGAAUAUCUCAAUGUCAAGGAGGUUCAUUACAAUCAGCAUGGACUGCUGCUUUUAGAGGGGCAAGGAAUAUACCGAUUGGGGGACAACUGGUACCCGGUGCAAGCAGGCGACACCAUUUGGAUGGCGCCGUUUGUGCCCCAAUGGUAUGCUGCCCUUGGUAAAACCAAGACGAGAUACUUGCUGUAUAAAGAUGUCAACAGGAAUCCAUUGAUAUGAUCAAAGAAAACAAAGCAUUCUCGAUUGAUACCAAUGGCUCAAAAAUAGAAGACGCCAGCUAUGAAGAUUUCUCUGGAAGAUGUUCACAGGAAAAAAUGUUUUGAUUGCUGGCUGUGAAAUUUCGUAGCAAAUAAAUGUAAAAAUGUCAAAUGUGCUUGGGAAAUUCAUGAUGGCCCAAUGGUGACAUAUGAGAGAACAAUUUGAAUUGUAAAACACCCUUCAGGGCUUCAGGUACCAUCUUCUGUA